CUGGCAUGGCGCUUCCAUCUGAGCUCAUCUACUGCAUUCUCUUCGAACUCUGGGCCAUCCAGUCUUCCACCGAGGACUACAUCCAAGCAUUCUCAAUCUGCUCCACUGUGUCCAAACAAUGGUCUGCCAUCAUCAAGGAGGUUAAUUCCACGCACUCGGUCAUCCCCUUUGACUAUAGCGGAGGAUAUCUAUACACUAUACGAUCCAUGCAUACAAUACCUAAACCGCUACUCUGCCGCACAAUAACAUUCAAGGUGGACAACCUGAUCAUGCCAUGGUCUAUCAAGAAUUCAGGAUGUGAACCCUCCAUUACAGCUAACAGGGGGAUAGAAUCGGUGCUUCGAAAGAUAUUCUGUGGUCCUAUCUCACCCCCAGAUGGCAUUCAUAUCUUCGUAGACUAUCUUGACGAUCCCCAGGUCCACAUCCCCCACUUCUGGGUUCCUCUACAGACCACCCACUUAACAAUUGUCUACCACCACCGAUGCUGGGCAGACGUGGCUUUCCCAAAUCCCUAUUAUUGUCAAUGUAUCCAACCCAUCCUUUCCCGACGAGUCAGCCAUCUCUGCAUCAUAGGAACUACAACCUUCAUAGUGAAGUCACUCAUAACCCCUAUCAAUGAAUGGGAAUGUCUAGUUUCGCUGGCUACGGAUGUACUUGAACUUGAUAUCCCAAUCCCCUCUUUCACACGGAAAACGUAUAAUUAUGAAACGCUAGAUAUAGGGUCGGAAUUCCUGUCUCGGGUUAUGUUUGGCGAACGAGGAUUCCGUUCGACUCUUGUCCCCAUGCAGCAUCUUAGCACACAUACCUACAUCCCCAUGUUUGAACAAGCUAUUCCUUUGGGCUCAGUAGGAUAUAUUCAUCCAUUCACUAAGAAGUUCGUCAUCCUGUUCAAUGCCAUCGAUCCGGCUUCUUCGAUGGAACCAGCGAUCCGUCACAUCCCUUGCCUCCUCAAGAACGGCAGGACGAAAUUAAUCACUGACCCAAAAUAUCCCGUCUCCCGAGCAUGGGAUUAUGAAUAUAAAAAGUCUGAUAUUCUGCGUAAGCUUGGAGCUUGGACCAAGGGAAGAUCGUUCGUGUUUCUUUGUGGUCAAUAUUUCUCUGCUUCUAACGGAACCAGAGUGUAUAGUAUCACUCUGGCAUAUAACUUCGUCAAAACGCUCUUUCUCGGGCUCGGGAAUGCAAUUUCCCGGGAACUUGUAGGAGAUCAAUUCGAGAAUUGGCUAUCCGAGCACCGCCAGACAAUUAUCGAUGUGUUUGGAGACCGCGAUCCCUAUAUCCGAACGCACCUGGGACUCGGUGAAGCGAUUGUUCAUGUUAUGUAUACAAACUUUAUGGACUGACCAUCUGGCUACAUUUCAGUUACAGCCACAGUAGACUCGUCGCAAUAUGUUUGGUUUGUCCUUCUGAGAACUUACCAUGCCAAUUUUCUAGACAAAUACUACUUUGAAGUUGACCCUCAAGCGUCGUCUAAACUUGGAACGUCUUGGGGGAAGGUCAAGCCUCCUAAGAACCGUACUCCCGUGUACUGGA